AUGGCUCUUCAGCAGACUGUGGCUGGCGCCCCGUCUUUGUAUACAAACUGGACGCAGCUCCCGACCUGCGCGCAGACCUGCUACAGCACCGCGCUCCUCCAGGCCUUUGGGUCGUGCGGCUCCAUUCUCUCCAGGGACGGGAAUGGAGACCCUUCAUCUUCCUAUGCAUCUGCUUCGGCCUCUGUCACGACCACAGCCACGAUGAAUGACAAUAAUGUGGGUAUUAUCGACGACGACUCCCCCUCCGCCAUGCUCCGGCGAUGUAUCUGCACAGACUGCUCGUACCGCACAGCCUUAGCAGCCUGCUUGAGCGGGUCUUGCACGACAGCAGAUGCCUCCGUCGACGACAUUUUGGGUCUAAAUGAUCGCGUGUUCUGCAACGCCAGCGUGGACGCCACCGUGCAGAUGUGGGAUCGCAAUUUGAUCUGGGUGGUUGGCGCACAGGGCGAUGAGUCGUCUUCGUCGUCAGGAACUCCACGGGAAAUGGUUUGGACUUGUGCGACGGGGACUUCAAGUGUUACUGAGACGGCCACUGCAGCCACCAGCAGUAGUCUCAGCAGCAGCGGUAGCUCGUCCACGUCUCAGACCACCGUACCAGCCAUUCGAACGACGACCAUCACGGCGACUCUGACGCCAGACCCCUCUUAUCCUAGUCAGGCCACCAAUCCAAGCAGCGUUACUUUGACAGUUCCGUUGGAGACAGGAAGCGAUAUCGUCUCCGCUUUGACGUCGAUAUCUACCACUCUGAGUAGUUCCGCACCAACAACAACUCCCACGUCCCUGUCGAGCAUGCCAACGCAUUCAUCGAGCACGUCGGAAAGCAGCACCGUCACCGUCGCUUCUGUGACGGCAAGCAGCUGGGCAACUCCACCCUUUCGUUCAUUCGGAGCGGGAAUUCUUCUUGUGUCGGCUGUGCUCGUGGGUCUCGUCUAUUGA